AUGGAAGAAAAGUUAAAUGAAAUGGAACAAGCUGGUAUCAUCACAAGGACAUCAACGCCUUACAGUAGUCCAUUGACAUUCACUCUUAAAAAAGACGGCUCAAUUAGAGUUUUGCUUGAUGCCAGAAGCAUAAAUAAGAAAAUGGUUGCAGAAACAGAGAAACCACCUAUACAAUUAGAUGUUUUGAAUUCAUUUCACGGAGCGAAUUAUAUCACUACCAUUGACUUAAAUAAUGCAUAUUUUCAAAUUCCGAUAAAUAAAGAUGGUAGAAAAUAUACUGGAUUCACAUUCAAUGGAAAGUCAUAUGUAUAUAAUGUUUUGCCGCAAGGAUUAAAAACAUCAGUAGGAAGCUUUAGCAGAGCCAUGAAUUUAAUAUUAGGACCAGAAGUCCAAGAAUUUUGUGUGAACUAUUUAGAUGAUCUAGCCAUUAUUACAACAGGAACGUUAGAUAAACAUUUGGAGCACAUUGAUAUUGUUUUAAGUAAAUUGAACAAAGCUGGCUUAACGUGUAACUUGCAGAAAUGUGAAUUUAUUUGUAAAGAAAUUAAAAUGCUGGGUUUUAUAAUUUCAACAGAAGGCAUAAAGACAGAUCCCGAUAAGAUUCGAGCGAUCCAAGAGUUUCCAGCACCUAAAAAGAUUAAACAAUUAAGGGCCUUUUUAGGUCUAUGCAAUUUUUAUAGAAGGUUUAUACCAAAUUACAGCGAGAGCAUAAUACCGCUCUGUGAAUUACUUAAAAAGGGACGAAAGUUCCAAUGGAGCGGUAAAGAACAGAAGGCAUUUGAUUUUAUAAAACAACAAUUUAUUAAUACAAUACAAUUGCAUCAUCCAGACUUUAAUAAGCCGUAUUAUUUACAAACAGAUUGUUCCGGUGUGGGUAUGGCCGGAGUACUAUAUCAGAUAGAUGAUAAUAAUGAAAUGAGAAUUUUAGGCUAUCAUAGUAAAGCCUUAAAAGGCCCCGAAUUAAAUUGGUCUGUUACUGAACAAGAGUUUUAUGCUGUAAUAAGCUGCCUAAAGAAAUUUGAAACAUAUUUGCGGGGCAGUAAAGUAAUAAUACUAACUGAUCAUAAAGCAUUAUUGUUUAUUAAUAAUAUGAAGUUAUUCAAUGGUAGAGUAACCCGAUGGAUUUUGUAUAUAGAACAAUUUAAUUAUGAAGUACAGCAUAUAUCGGGUAGACGUAAUAUUGUUGCAGAUGUGCUAUCACGUUAUCCUCCUGAUGGCGAUUUAAUACAAGAGGAAAAAAAUAAUAGUUUAGAAAUUGCUUACACAGAGAGCGAACCGAAUAUUGAGUUGAUAGAAAAAUUAAAAUCCUUAUCAGUAUAUCAAUUACAAGAUUCAGAGUCGUUGGCUAUUAUUGAAAAGUUAAAGACAUUAAAUACUUCCAUAAUAAAACAAAACAAUAAAUUUAAAAGGUAA